CAGCGGCGGCAGCGGCGGCGGAGGCAGCAGCCACCCGAUGUCUUCGGCGCCCGAGAAGCAGCAGCCACCGCACGGCGGCGGCGGCGGCGGCGGCGGCGGGGGAGGCGGCGCGGCCAUGGACCCCGCGUCGUCCGGCCCGUCCAAAGCCAAGAAGACGAACGCCGGCAUCCGGCGCCCGGAGAAGCCGCCCUACUCGUACAUCGCGCUCAUCGUCAUGGCCAUCCAGAGCUCGCCCACCAAGCGCCUGACGCUCAGCGAGAUCUACCAGUUCCUGCAGAGCCGCUUCCCCUUCUUCCGCGGCUCCUACCAGGGCUGGAAGAACUCGGUGCGCCACAACCUCUCKCUCAACGAGUGCUUCAUCAAGCUGCCCAAGGGCCUCGGACGGCCCGGCAAGGGCCACUACUGGACUAUCGAUCCGGCCAGCGAGUUUAUGUUCGAGGAGGGCUCUUUCCGCCGCCGGCCGCGCGGAUUCAGGCGGAAGUGCCAGGCGCUCAAGCCCAUGUACAGCAUGAUGAACGGGCUCGGCUUCAACCACCUCCCGGACACCUAUGGCUUCCAGGGCUCCACCGGCGGCCUCUCCUGUCCGCCCAACAGCCUGGCCCUGGAGGGCGGCCUGGGCAUGAUGAACGGCCACUUGCCGGGCAACGUGGACGGCAUGGCUCUGCCCAGCCACUCGGUGCCCCACCUGCCCUCCAACGGCGGCCACUCGUACAUGGGCAGCUGCGGCGGCGCGGCCSCGGGCGAGUACCCGCACCACGACAGCUCGGUGCCGGCCUCCCCUCUGUUGCCGGCGGCCGCCAGCGGGGUCAUGGAGCCACACGCAGUCUACUCGGGCUCUGCGGCUGCCUGGCCGCCCUCGGCCUCUGCGGCGCUCAACAGCGGAGCCUCCUACAUCAAGCAGCAGCCCCUGUCCCCCUGCAACCCUGCAGCCACCCCCUUGUCCAGCAGCCUCUCCACACACUCCCUGGACCAGCCAUAUCUGCACCAGAACAGCCACAACGCCCCAGCUGAGCUGCAAGGCAUCCCGCGGUAUCAUUCCCAGUCGCCCAGCAUGUGUGACCGAAAGGAGUUCGUCUUCUCCUUCAACGCCAUGGCGUCCUCCUCCAUGCACUCGGCCAGCGGGGGCUCCUACUACCACCAGCAGGUCACCUACCAAGACAUCAAGCCCUGCGUGAUGUGA